UUACACGCGACCUGAGGCGGACAGCCAAUCAUCGGGCGGCCCGGUCCGGAGGAACGGCGGCGGAGCUGGGGUAAGGGACGGGCGCGGGCACCGGCACGAGCACGAGCACGAGCACCGGGCGCGCAGGCGGGGAACGGAGAGGGCGGCAGGUCAUUUGGAAGUCGCUGUUCUAGGAACUGAAAAUGCCGGGUGGGAUUACAGAAACGGGGGAGUUGUACUCUCCAUAUGUGGGGCUCGUUUACAUGUUUAAUUUAAUCGUUGGGACGGGAGCACUGACGAUGCCGCAGGCCUUUGCAGUUUCCGGCUGGGCUGUGAGCCUUGUCCUCCUUACCUUCUUGGCAUUUAUGAGCUAUAUGACCACAACUUUUGUCAUUGAGGCCAUGGCAGCAGCAAAUGCACGUUUACGUUGGAAGAAGAGGGAGAGACAACAAAUAGUGGAUGAUAGUGAUGCCUCUUCAGAUUCCUGUGAUGAGGAUGCUAGGAGUGAGGUUGGGCUGCUGGAUGGUCCUGAACGGUCAGAGACAAGGCCUAUUCUCUCAGUGCAAAGAGCCAACACUUACAAUGCUUUUGACAUUGCGGAGAGAAUAGAAAUGGGUCAGAUGGCUUCCAUGUUCUUCAAUAAAGUGGGAGUCAACAUGUUCUACAUCUGCAUCAUAAUCUACCUCUAUGGGGACCUGGCUAUCUACGCAGCUGCUGUCCCAUAUUCCCUCACAGAAGUUGUCUGUGGUAAUAUGUCGUGCAGCGCUGCCAGCAAGGUGAAGCCCAACGAUACAGACCCGUGCUGGGGAUCAAUUAAACGCAUCGAUGCCUACAGGAUCUUCUUGACAGCGUUUUCAUUGCUUCUUGGGCCAUUCACCUUCUUCAAUGUGCAGAAGACCAAAUACCUUCAGAUUAUCACCUCCCUGAUGAGAUGGAUAGCUUUUACAAUCAUGAUCAUUCUGGCUUUGAUCAGGAUUAGUAAAGGGAGAGGAGAGGGUCAUCCACAGAUCGCCAACUUCUCUGGAAUCCCCAACUUGUUUGGUGUGUGCGUCUAUUCUUUCAUGUGUCAGCAUUCCCUGCCCUCCCUCAUCACCCCCAUCAGUAAGAAGAAGCACAUGAACGUGUUGGUCCUGAUCGAUUAUGUGCUCAUCUUGGCCUUCUACAGCUUAUUGUCUUUCACGGCCAUCUUCUGCUUCAGUAACCUGAAGGACAUGUACACUCUCAACUUCACUAGCAACUGUGAUGUCAUCAGUGUGCCCUUUAUCCGCUACUUCUUGGGGCUUUUCCCAGUUUUCACAAUCAGCACAAACUUCCCAAUAAUUGCAGUUACCUUGCGUAACAACUGGAAGACUGUCUUUCACAGGGAAGGGGGAAUGUAUCCAUGGCUCAUUGACCGGAUUGUCUUUCCCCUGAUCACCAUUAUUCCCGCCAUCCUAGUGGCAUUCUGCACCCAUGACCUGGAGACUCUGGUGGGCAUUACUGGUUCUUAUGCAGGCACGGGCAUUCAGUACAUCAUUCCUGCCUGUUUGGUUCACUUCAGCAGAAAGGACACUGAACUGGUGUUUGGAAGUCAUGCUCAGAAUAAGCACAGCUCGCCAUUCAAGCACACUUUCUGGGUCAUAUUUGUACUGGUGUGGUCAAUGUCAUGCUUCAUAUUUGUAACGGCCAACAUUGUACUGACGGAAACUAAGCACUGAGCAUCUACAUUGCCUGAAAGGACACCUGCCUUGUCAAUCAGACUGGAAAACUCUAAUUUGUUCCCAUUCCUUCACUGUGACUAAAAGUGAAGAUUUUGCAGGUCACUACAUCAUGCUAGUCAGUUGCUGUUUUGCAAAUAUGUAAAUCUUCAUUCCUCUCCCCAAAGUACUGAUCCGGUUUACUUUUGGCAGAAAAUGGUGCUUAAUUUGGGCAGUUUAUAAAUUAAAUGAGCAGCUUCUUGCAAAAGGAAUCAUGUACAUUAUUAACCCUAGAGUGAUUCACCACUGCUCCGGCCUUGAAUGUUUAUCAAUGACUGGCCUCUACAGACCGUUCUUGUGGUGUACAAUUAUUGGUGAUGAUUAAAGAAGAUGGCUGCAGACAAAAUAACCGUACACCUCAGCUGUAAAAUGUAAAAAGCUAUCAAGCAUUUGGUGCAGUUCUGUGGGAUAAAGCAGCUUUAAUCUGAAGUGACAACAUUGUUGCUGGGUAUAACCUGGCGCCUUUUAACCUGCCCAAUGCUGAUGUAGAUGUAAAGGGCAGAUAUUUCCAAAGAAUGUACAGACUGCAGCAUCCCUUGGCUGCUGUAGAGAUACAGCUCUACAUAUCCAAUUUGGGUCUACUUUCCUACCCCAAAUAACCCCACCAAAAUAACUCCCUGUUCCCAAUAAUUCACUGUUCAACUUUCCUCCAGUGCCUUGUAUUCAGUCUGUGAGGAAACGUGCUUUGGUUCCUCAGACCAUUCUGUUGUGCCUAUUUUUUAACCCUGUCCUUUUGGAGAGACAGGGAUGGGAUGGUGUCACUGCUGGCUGCCAGACUGGACUGAACCACAGACAGUCCAGGCAGCCUGCUUUACCAGCCAACCACAAGCCUCCGCUUUUAGUUGGAUUUUUGUCGCAGCCUUCAUUCCGUUGCAAACUCCAGAAAGCAUCAUGUUUUGCUUGGAAAGAAUUUAAAACAAAAAGCUAUGAAUAUUGCAGGAGAAGGUGGUUUUGUGUUUCAGCACUCAAUACCAAUGUACAGUUAUGUAUCCCCUGUUCUAAUUGUACAGUAAAGUAUUUGGAACUUAUUUGUCUGCCUUGUUGUUAAUCAAUAGCACAGCCUUCAUGUGUCCUCUGUGGAACCCAGUAAUACACAGGUUUACCUGUAAUGACAACCAAAUGGAUGUAGCCACUGAUACUGUACCUGUUAACCUUUCUGAGGCUAACUGGGUGUAAAAGGGAAGCCAUUUUGAGAACUGAACGGUGUGUGUGGUGGUUGUAGGCUGCUGUGAGAUGCAAGCUCUGGUGGUCCAGGUGCAGUGAUUGACUGCUGAUUCCACUGAAAUGUUGCUCAGUUUGUGUCACAGUGCUGAGAAGGAAGACUAGAUUCAUGUUUCCUGAUCACUAACCAGUCCCCUUCCUGCAUGGGGAAAGGUCAAAGGCGGGUGAAGAUGGACCAUGACUUGAUGACGAGACAGCAAUCAGGAUGAGCCUUUGUAUCAAAACUGGAGUGAUACAGAAUAGGAUAGCGUGGAUAUCAGUUGUGUAGGGCACUAAGUGGUUGGGGAUAGGAUGAUUUGAUGUUUGGGCUGCCCUCUUAAUGAUAUGCUGAGUCAAAUUGGGCGUGUCCUGUGAAGGGAUGUAAUGCAGUGAGUGGUCAGGGGAUAUUGAGGUUUGGCUAGAGUGUGUGUGGAGUGAUUGUGUUUUGGCAUGAAAUGUAAUAGUUCAGAAGAUAUAUAGGGUUGCAUAGCAGUGACUGAUAGAUCAAAAGCAGGGCAAUAACAUGGCAGCUGGGAUGCAGCCAGUGUGUUUAUAAUACGAGGUGACAAAUGGGUACUGGCCACAUCAGGAGGGAUGUAAAUGCAGUGUUGAAGGUGUCACAGUUUGACUCGAUUAAUACGGAGAUACUGUGAGCUGCCAUGGCAGAGUUCCGCUGGAUGUGGCGUUCAUGAUUUAGAUCUCUUGCUAAUGUUUGAAGUUGGAACUUGAUUCACAUUGAAUCACUCUGAUUUUGAUUGGAAUGCUCAAUUUAGUUUGUGAUCACACGCUAUUUAAUUUUAGAAUUAUUUAUAUUCUGCAGCUUGAAAUACUUGCCAGACUAAUUCAUUCCAGUUGUCUGACCUUGUAACUUAUUUCCAUUUGAUCUCUCAGUGUUAGAUAUGAAAAGUUGAUAUUUUUACAAAGAUGUUGGAUCAAAGAGAGUUAGUACUCAGCUCCCUCUCCCUCAGCAUCAGGUUAGGACCUGAUUCACACAAAGCACCAUCUCAUUGCACAAAGGAAGAAAUUGAUUUUCAUCAAUAAAAAAAUUAUAUAGCUGUAAAAGGUUGACAUCAAAUAAUGUUCAAAUAUUUUGAGAUAUGUUAAUUAUGCAUAUGGUUUCACUUCCAGGUAUAUCUAACUGUAAAGUUACUUCUAUUAAAUUUAUUGAGUAAAAUGAAAAUCUACUCAACCCCAAAACUGAAUUAGCUAGAGACACAGUUUCACACUCAACUCUCUCUAACUUUGCAAUUUCACUGCUCUAUUAACUAUUUUACAUUACAAUCUGUUUCUUGUGAACCAUUUUAUUCAGUUUUUGUAAGUCUGGGAAGACUACAAAUCUUUAUCCCUGAGCUGUUGCCUUGAACUGCUGUAGUUUUUCUCAUGAGAGGAUCCCCACAGUAUGAUUAAGAAGUGAGCUCCAGAGUAGACCUAACGAUGGUUAAAAGCAAGUAAGAUAUUUCUAAGUUCUGCUGUUGUGUAGCUUGAGGGAAACUGCAGGUGGCUGUAACGCUUGUCCUUGAUAGUUGAGAUGCCAUUAGAACAGCCUGGGUGAAUAAUUGCAGUACACUUUUGAUAGUGCAAUCUGCAGUCAGUUUGAGCUGGUUAUGGAAAGAAUGAAUAUUUCAGGUGGCUAAUAAAGGGAGCUGGUUUGUCCUGACUGUGGUUAAGCUGUUAAAUUGGAAUAGCAAGGGAAGAAUGCUCCAUGACACCCCUGAAUGCAUAUUAGCUGAGGAAGAAUCAACAAAACUUGACUGAGUUCUAUCACUAAAUGUACAGCGCAAGGAUUUGUUUUGAGUCUGAAGUUGCACUCUGAUCUAAUUCAUAUAUAAGGUCCCUCAUGUAGGGCAUUUGAGAGCUUGUUCGACAUCUGUAAAAGUUUGAGUCAGAAAUCACACUCAAAAUUGUAUCAGAUUUACUUGACCUGACUUUCUCACUUCUGUAAUAUUAGAAUUUGGUUCAGUCUAAAAUUGUUCUCUCUAACUGUGUAAUGAUUGAGCUAAGUGACUUUGAAAUCUUUAAUGUUAGCAUUUGAUUCAUUUUGAUAUCGAAAGUACAUUUUUUGAAGUUAACUCAUUCUGAGAUCUAAUUGUUUAAUGUUUAAAGUUGGAUCACUGAAAUAACUGAGUGAUUUCGGAUUUCAGUUCUUGCACUCUAUUUUCUCUAUGUCCUUCACCUUCUUCCAUGUUCCAACAGAUCAGCUGCAAUUAAC